CCUCUGACAAGCCAAACAAUAAAUGUAAAGAAUAAAGUGAACUUCUCAUAUUUAAGAAAACUGAAAGAAAGGGACUCUUGUGAGAUGUUUUUAGAUUGUGAAGGUCGUGUCUGUAACAAAUAAAGGGCUUAGUUCAAGAGAGUUAUGAAUAAUAGGUUUAGAACAACAUUAAUACCGGUCAAAGGGAUCACUUGGAGAUUGUAAUGACAUUAUUGAAGCUAAUGACGUCAGCAAUAGGAUCAGAGGAUGACGUCUUAAAAGACAAGAUGGGUCCCAAUUAAUUGCAAAGUCUUAAAUCUUUUUCAAAGUUGUGGGGGAGACAAGCCUUAGUCAAGAAGGAAAGCAGUGCGAAGGAGAUAUAAAGAAGUAAAGAGCUGAAGACCGGAAAACGGUCAGCAUUGGAUCAUCAUCUAUUUAAUUAGGCUUCAGUUGCAUGUCUUUCAGAUUUCAGUGUAUAAGAGCCAAACCCACCUGAAAAAUUCUGAUUGUUUUUUAAUCUGGGCUUGCUGUUCAACAUGGAUUCUCCUUUCUCUGAUCAGAGUGGCAUCUCGAGAGAUAUGGAGCUUAAAAAAUCAGCUGAAGGAACCUUUUUAAGAGUGUUCAGGGAUGUUCCGCCUAGUCAUUACCUGUUAAAAAUUCAGUCUUUCUCAUCCCUUAAAAUAUUUAAAAAGUUCGUUUCACAGAAGUUUGAUGCAGGGGACUACAAAUGGAAAUUUUGUCUCUACCCAAAUGGGGAUAAACUUGAAGGUCAUAUAUCUGUUUGCUUAGAACUGUCAGAAGUGGAUUCUCUCCCAACUGGGUUUGAGAUCAACGUGAUUAUGAGUUUUUUUGUAUUUGAUCAGCUUCGGGACAAGUAUUUCUCUAUUCAAGAUGGGUCAGUAAGGCGUUACCAUUCAAUGGUGACAGAAUGGGGCAUCUCCGAAUUCUUGGACCUGGAAACUUUUCACGAUCCAUCAAAUGGGUUCCUUGUCAAUGACACUUGUGUUUUUGGUGCGGAGGUCUUUGUUCUCAAAAAUACUUUCAAAGGGGAGUUUUUAUCAAAAAUGAAUGCCCCGCUGACUCAGUUUCAUACCUGGGUUGUUGAGAAUUUUGCUGAUCUGAAAGAUGAAAGAUACAUUUCUGAAUCAUUUGGACCACACAGAUGGAAUGUUACUCUCUACCCUAAUGGACAUCAGCACGCCAAAGGAAAAUUUAUUUCAAUUUAUUUAUCGUCAGAUCAGUUUUUAAAACCUAACUUGUUUGUGGAUAUCCUCCUGCGAGUCAAAAAUCAAAGGACUGAUUCUCACGUUGAGAAAAAAGCUUUAAACCAUAUGUUGAGUCCAAAUGACACGGCUUGGGGUUGUUCAAAUUUCAUGUCGUUAGAUACAUUGAAAGAUCCCAAACAGGGUUAUUUGGUGAAUGACUCUUGCAUCAUUGAAGCCGAAGUUAAAGUUCGUUUUUGGGAAUACACUGUGUAACACAGUCCGAGUUGGCUUCACUGUUACAAUUAUAUUUACUUCUUGUUUUAGUUUUUUGUCUUUUAAAUAUUGUUAGAAUAUUUACUUCUGGGAAUACACUGUGUAACACAGUCCGAGUUGGCUUCACUGGUUA